CCGCUUUGGUGAUUGGCUUAGGAAACAACGGCUGAAAGUGACAACUGCAACAGGGAAAUUAGCACAAUUUCAUUUUCAUAAAGCCUUCGUCUAUUGGACUUCGCAGUGUCCUAAUCACCGUGCAGGUGACAUAUGAGGCAUGAGCGGUGCAGUCAGACAGAUCACUGUGUCCACUGACCUGGGGACCCCCUAUUUCCUGCGAGUUGACUUUGCUGUCAAUCUCAGUGCUGGGUUCACACUAGCUCUCUCCGAUGGCAUCUCUGCAUGGAAUGGAGAAGUUUCAGUAGACGAACUUACGAGGCAGGCUAAAGACAUGAAGGCCCCAAUGGAGGGAUAUGUCGAGGAUCUUCAUCAAGCACUGAUGGGAGGUGGACAGGGGAGAGAAGGCGAGAGGAGAGCCGGUGAAGGAGACAUAUAUUCUUUUGAGCUCGCUCUGGAUUGCCUUCAACUCUCAUACCACAAAAUGUGUGACGGCGUCUCGGUGCGCUUGGGCUCUUUGAAGCUGCAGCCUGCUCCCCACCCGUUAGCGCUGAGCCGGGAGAUGAUUGGCCAGGCGCUCAAACGCAACACUAACCUGGAGAAAGAAAACUUGCUGCUAUUGGAGGAGAACCGUAAACUAAAAGAGGAUCAUGCGCAAAUACUUCAAGAGUUGGAAUGUCAGGUUCAGGAUAAGGAGACAACGACAGGGGAACUUUACACCCGUUUCGUUAUGGUGCUCAAUGAGAAGAAGGCCAAGAUCAGAAGCUUGCAGGAUGCCCUCAGUCAGCUCCAACCAACUACCAGCCGUCAGAAGAAUCAAAGAGAAAAUCACAUCUCUUUAGGUGACGAUGUCAGCCUAGACAGCAGAGCAGAGACAAUGCAGAGAAGCCAUCCAUCACUUGAACCAACCAUCCUUACCACAGGACAUUAUCAGGUCAGCCAGGGUUUUUCUUUGGACCACACCAUGUCUCUUAAUGAGAUUGUUCAACCAAGAUGGAAACCAACGCAAGCAGUUGAUGAACAGAACCUAGGCGCUUCUGAAAUGGAAUGAAAUCACAGUGAGAUCGCAUCUGGGAAUCAGCAUGGAAAUGAACCAAGACAGUUGGAACAAAGUAGCUGCCUGUGGUGCAAUGUUGCUAGCUUCUCUUUGCUGGUCAACCCCCCACUUUUAGUCCUCGAGGGAGUCCCCGAAUUUGAUCCAAGGUUGCUUCUCCUAUUAUAAAAAAAAAAAAAAACCCCAACAAUUUCACAUCUGGUUUGUUUUAAUUGUGGCUCAGCCUGCGUGGAGACAUCAGUGGUGCUAUGAUGCAUUUGCUCACAUGCGUCACUGAUCAUGUGAUAAAGAGGAACUGAAUGCUCCCCCUGAGGUCCCUUGGGAUGGAUGGCGUUGCCUCUAAUGACUUGGAGAACGCGUUAUUGAGACUUGACAAAAGGAGUAUGGAAGUAGUUUUUCAACAGUUGGACAUUACCUUGGACUCAGCGGCCUUGGCUCUGGGUGAGACCGACCAGAGAGCAACAUCUUGCGCAGGCUACACCCAGAAAACAUAGUGUCAUCACCAGGCAACCAAUGUAGCUUUGUUGCAGUUUAUUUGUCAUGGCUUGCUGAGGUUUCAUUGCCUCGCCCUCCUCAUUUAUGGAAGGGAAAUACAGUAUAUGCCUUAAGCCAUGGUAUCCAAACAAUAGCCCUUUUUUUUUUUUUUUUUUUUAGCAGCUUGUGGUGUAAACUAACAUGUAAAAAGAAGAAAUUUGUCCUCAUGUCUCACUUCAUCGUUUUCUACCAAUCACACAUAAUUUAAAUAACAACAUUUCUAUUCAUAAUGCGCCGAUGAAUAAAGAUAAUUCAGUUACAGCAGCAAGUACCAUGAAACACCAUUGUUCUGUUCCGUGCUAAGGUCAGCUUCGCACAGAUUUCUCUUCUUUUAGUUCUUAAUGUGGGGAAUGCAAAAUUCCUGAAAAAUCUAUGACAUUUUGAUUUAUCACUGUGCUGUUUUUUUUAUUGUUUUUAUUUUUUAAAUGUACAGUGCAAAAUAUAUACAUCGAUCUAUUUUCUUUCCCACUUAUCCUCAUCAGCCUAUCCCAGCUGACUUUGGGCGAGAGGCGGGCGGGGUACAUACACCCUGUUUACUGUAUAUCAUACAUUGACAGCCACUGGCAAUGUAUGAUAUACAGUAACCACAGUGUUAAGGGAGUAACCAUGUAACUAAAUUACAGUUGCUUUUGGAUAUCUUCAUGAUAAAAAUUUUAGUUACAUUUGGAAAAUUACAAAAGCUCAGAUUUUGUUCGUAUCACUUCCUCCUUCUAAAGACAACGCUUGUGAUUGGCUCUCUCUUUUCAUGUGCCAUUCUGCAGCUGUCUCAAACAUGACAUAUAUGACCUCAAAGCGCUAUCUCGUGGUGCAAUCUACUAGUGUGUCUGACAUUUUGAGAAGGUUAGACUCAUAAUUACACUUUUGAACAGUUUCAUCUAUAUAGGUUUUGGACUUUUUUUUAUGUAACAUUCAGUUAUCUGGGUUGUCAUAUGAAACAAUAUUGUCUAAAUUGUGAACAUUUGUCAUUCGGUCAACGUAGUAUGGUUUGGUGGUUUUCCACAUCCUGUACACAUAUAAUGCAACAAUUUUUUUUUUGCGAUGUAUUAUCAUAUUUUGUUAAUAGUAUAUUAUUUGUGUAAAGAGCAAAUAUAUAGUUAAUUCCAAAAUAAUGAUCUGUGAACCUACUUUUUUUAAGGAUACAUCAAAGGGUCCUGUUGAUGCAUUCAUUCGAAAUUAAGAAAAGUAAUCAAAAUGUUAUAAAAUUUAAUUAGUUAUAUUACUUUGAAACAGUAAUUGAAAUAGUUAUACUACUAUUACAUUUUCCACAGGAUAAUUUGUAACUGUAACCAACUACAUUUCCAAAGUAAUUUUCCCAACACUGAGUAUAUAAAACAAUAUGUACAAUACCUACAUUGAUGGAUUGUUUUUAGUGUGGUAAAUAAAAGUGAAGAAUGUCAAAGUAGCCAAUGCAUCCUUUGAAUCCCUGUAUGUGUUCUGUGGAAGAAAAGGUUUGGACCUUGACCUCUUUAUAUUUGUUGGAGUUAUUCACUUGUCUUGUGACCUCAAGAAACUGAGGUGUGUUAAACUGAGGUUAAUAGGGUUAUUUUCUCCACCUCCACACUUCCUCCCUCUCUUCUAACCCUAACCUCAGCCACCAGCUUGAGGUCAUGGCAGUCAGUCGUCCCACUGACAGUAAUGAAUCAAAGAAGACUUGUGAUUCCUGUAUGUCUAGCCAUCCUACAGUUGACUCCAGGUUGUCUCCGUCGGCCUUUAACAUUCUAAUUGAACACGUUUGCUGGGGGGUGUCGCACGGCCACCGAGAUAAUCCCUCAGGAUUCUUCUUAUGUCUUUAUAAAUGCAAUCAAUAAGACAUUUUACAUCCAGAUUAGUGUCCAAGGGUAGUUUAUAGAUUAGUGUGGGACAUGCCUAAUGGUAGUGGAGACGCCUUGGAAGAACAUAAUGAAUAUUUCAGUCCCUUGAUCCUUUCAGAAUGUGUUGUACUGUGUGCUGUAAACUAUCUCCACCUUAUUUAUGAAACCAAAGUUGUUUUAUUACUUCAUGUUCUCUGCUUUUAUUCAUUUUAUGUGCAGUAUAUUUUGUUGUACUGUAUUUUUUUGUUCACAGAAAUAUAACUAUGUGUAAUAUGAAAGGUAUGUCAUAUAUUUGUGGUAUGUAUUCGUCACGAGAGUUUAUGGUCCAUUUGAAAAAUGAGGUCAGCUUGAUUUGACUCCUGGAAAAAAGAUUAUUUUUAUUUACCUUAAUAAUAUUUGCCUCAUAAACAACGAGGAAGUCAUUGCUAAUGAAGCCCCAUAACCGUGUUGGCAACAUAAGUUGGUUCCUACUGGACACAACCACCUUGGUAGUCUGUUAUAAGCUCAAAUACCGUUCGUUAACUGUUUUUAUUUGGCCAUUUUUAAUUUUGCUUAUGUGAACCUGUCUGAUUCCCAUGAUCUCGAGAAAUGACAACCUUCUUCCUGUUUUCCAGCCACAGAGGUGCAGCGAGACAAAGCGAGCUUUGUGUGGUUCUGGCUCCAAUGUGCUCUCACUGAGAUGUCUGAAACAGUUUUGCAUUUCCUAAGCAACUUUUCUAAAUCAAGCAGGACUACUUAUUUGUGUUAAAAUCAAACAUUGAACAUGAAUGUGCACUGUAAUUAAGUACUUAUGUUACUAAAAUGUUCAAAAUAAAGGCAUUCAUUCAUUCAUUUA